UCCUCUCCCGCGAAUGUCACGCCGGUUGCGCUGAUACCUACUUUCAACUACCGAAACCCAAAAAGCCAAAAUCCUUAAUAAUGUGGAGGUCCAAUCCAUACACGCGGUCACCAUUUUUCUUUCUUUCACUUUCCUCAUUUUACUUGUUUCUAUUUCUCUGAACCUUCGUUUUUUAUUCUCCUGUUCGAUGUUGCUGCGUUAUCUAAUACCAUCGGAUCAGAAAUUCUACACAAACUAUGCCGUGCCCUUGAUUUCGUCGUGCCCAGAACGCUUCGCCCUCGACGGAUUUCGAGCGCGACUAUCCAAGGAUACUCGUGCCGCUGUGCGACAACUAAGCGACUUUGAGACCGCCUUUAGCCAGUUUCAAGAGGACACGGACGCACAGUAUGAAAUGCACCCAAGGUUUGGGCGAUAUGUAUGGGAUGUAGCGGACCAGUGGUAUCAGAAGUGGCAGGUAAUCUUCUCCAUCGAUCACAUGUGGAAUUGGGCGCACAUUACCGAGCAUGACGGUGACAACGAUGAAGAAAACGACGACGGUGAGGAUGAAGGCGACGUUGAGGCGGCAGGUCGACGACCGUUCCAGCCCGCGACGAUUGAGCCAUGGCUCGAUCACAUUUCCCAGCGGUAUAACAUUCAUCCGAACCACCGACAGCUUCUCGAACGCAUCUACGGACAGCUUGUCCAGCUCAACCAGACCAACCGACCGCUGGCACUUGUCGGAGCAAGCAGCCUGAACACUAUGCCAUUCUUUCCGCCAUCGUGGUUUGCAGACAAGGAGCCCCAGAGACACGGUGGUGCAAAUGAAGGUCUGGCCUCGUCCUUUGUCGCACGGUUUGUACCACCUUACCGCCUGACUCAUGUGCCGGAGCGCUGGGAUCGCGUAUUUUUAAAGGGCUUGACAGUGAUGGAUCUUACGCGUCAGUUUACUGUGGAACCGAGCUAUAUCUUUUCCACGAUUCCGAUCCAUGGGCUGACACUCCACUUUGACCCGAGCACUGGCUGUAGCCAUCUUGUGCUGGUCAUGAAAAAGGCCUCGCACGGAAGCCUCGAAGAGAGUCUGGAGCACGACAUCCCCACCAAUUAUGACAAACCACGUGCAUUGGCUCUCAGUGUGACCAAGCGUAUCAAGGAUCUUCAUUGGGAAUUUGUUCACGGCAACAUCCAUCCUCGCAACAUCCUGCUCAAUCUUGCAGACACCCUGGGCGACCUAUCAGACAUAACCUUCAUGCAGCGCAACAGCCACAGCGAGCACUAUCGCCAUCGAGGAGGCGGACGAUGGCCAUAUAUUGCGCCCGAACUGGCUAACCACAACAUGUCGUCCGCAGCAGACAUCUACGCACUGGGCAUCAUCCUAUGGCAACUCGUGUCACGCAUCACUUUUCCAGACAACGCUCUUAUAGAUCCGCAUGUGUACCGCAUCGAACCUAUUCCUGGCAUCAUGAAGGAGUGGGAAGAUCUUAUUGCCGACUGUUUGCAGUCUGACCCGGGCAAACGUCCAAAUGCUUACACCGUGUAUCGCCGCUUGGAGAAGAUUCCAGAACAUAUUAAUCUCGACCCGGCGGUACUCGACUAUAUCCACCAUCGACGAAACGAAGCCAAGGCGUACCUGGAAGGUCAUCGACUGUCGGAAAUGGCAAGUACAACAGCUGAGGUGGGUGACCGUGUUUGGACUGCAUCUGUAACGCGUUGGGUCAAUCACAGUCUCGACAAGUACCCCAAUCUGGUCCAACGUUUCGAAGUCGUAUGAUCAGCCACGCGUUUGGCCUAUCUUCGUUAUCUCUCUCUCUCUCUCUCUCUCUCUCUCUCUGGGUUUGCUUGCGUGUUUCCCGGCUUUUUCUAGUAUUACAUACAUCCAUUCGAAUCGAGACCCACCCCUUUCCUUUUUCUUAAUCGAUCCUUUUGUACACAGACAAAUUACAAACAAAAUUACUUUGUAAAACUUACAACUUAACCCCCCAAAAAACAUCAAAUACAUCUUCCCUUACAAUGAAUACUUGCUUUUCCUAUGCAAAAUGUAGUAACAGGAAGAAGAAGCAGCACCAUCAUUUGCUCUUAUGAGUGAAUGCUUUUCGGUGACCACGUAUAGCGGCUACUGUAUGCUCCCGUCAACACAAAACAAAGCUUAUCAUCUUACA